AUGAUUUCUGUGAGAGCGCUCGAUCACUUGCGACAGCAGUUUUGUGGUGAGGCUUUGCCCAUCAGUCAUGACAGCAACACAAAGGCACCUUCGACAAGCGGUGACGAGGAAGAUAUUCAGAGGAUAGCGCCGCAACUCUUCCACAAACUGGCGAAGGAUAACAGCUUGAUUGCUGUAAAUUCCGAAAAUGAACUUCUUCGGCUCCCAGCAGAACUCCAACUUAUGAUCCUACAGCAUCUCACAUUCGGCGAGGUCGAGUCUCUACGACGGACAUGUCGUCUCCUCCGCUAUACUAUCAACAAACCUUUCAUACGCGAAGUCUUCCCCAGCAUCAAAUUCGAACUCCUCUCAACAUGUUUUCGCUGUCUUCGCUACGACGCGAUGAGAGAUCAUCUCAUCCACGCCGAUGAGUCUGACGCGAGAUAUCCUCUGGCCAACGAGUGUCUCGACUGCGUUUCCUCACGAGGAGGCUUCGUCGUGGGCCGCAUGUAUACCCUCGGAACGUUUGCGACGGUCUGUGUAUGUCGAUACUGUGGGUUUCCUGUUACGUCGGAUGCGGCGUGGAAAGAGUAUGAGUUCCAUCGUGUGUGCUAUAGGCGAUAUCGGAUGAUACUGCUGUACUACUUUUUGGUUGGCUGUGCGCAGAGUACAAUCACCAUUGCAGCAGCGUCGCUGUGUUGGAAGUAUUACAAAAAGGAGAAACUGGUUCUUGGACCUACAGUGGUCAACUUUCUCAUGGCGUGUUGGGUGUUCUGCUUGAGUAUGGUAAGGGGCACAGAGCUGAGGACUUAUCACUGGUCUUUAAUCUUAGAAAUGGGUAUUUUUGGACUUUGGAUUCCGCCCCUUACAGGUGUUGUCAGGACCAUGGGGAUAAGAUCCGAGGGAGUUCGAGCAGCAGACAUUGCAACAAUCUUUUUCAUUGCUUGCAACACGUUAUUUCGUUUCAUAAACAUCCUUGGAAACACUCUCCUUGUCUCCGAAUAUAAGCUCUGGCGCCGCUACAUGCCAAAUCAAUCAAGGCCAGCUCGAAUCCUCAACAAAGUUGUUGCGUUCCUCAUUUUCUGGACGUACCCACCAAGUAUUGAGCAAAAGUUCCCGGGGAAAUGGUGGUUCUCCAGACAGAAUACUCAGGCUGGAGGUGUUUGA